CUUCUUUCAUCUCUCCUCCCUCCUCACCCCUCCCUCCUUCCCUCUCUCUUUCUCUCUCUUUCUCUCUCUUCCUCUCUCGUUCUCUCCACCUCGGCACAGAUGUCCGCCAUCAGCGCGGCGCGCUCCCCCUCAUACCAUUCUCACAACGGACGCCUCUCCCCUACUCCCCCCGCGAGACCAUCCUCCACCACCCCCAAUGCUCCCUUGCUCUACUCUCCAUCUCGCCAGAGCUCGACCUCCAUAACCGCACCAUACCAAGCUCCUCCCGCUGUUCAUCCUGGGUGCGUCCUCUGCGGCCUCGUGUCAUGCGCCGCUUCCCAAGCCAUGGCCGGAGGGGGCUCCUUCGCUCCUUCAGCUCCUUCCUCCCCACGCGAUGGCUUCGCGCCGCUCGCCCCGAUCGCCCUUCCCAUUCCAGUGCGCUCCGCCACCCCAGACCUACAGAGAGCUGGACCUUCCUCACAGCCAUUUGGUGCCCGUCCCGCCUCCCCCUCUCCUCAUCCCUCGACCUCCCCCCGCCUCGUUCCACGCCAACCACCACCCGAGAUCAUCAUUGGGAAUCACCGCAUCAUUUACCGUGACGACGACAUCACCGUCUACCCCGCCGAAGGGAAGGAGGCCCUAUGCGCUGACGGGCGUCAUCUGAUCAUUGUACUCAACCGCCACCUCUUGAGCGUCUACGAUCUUGUACGUACCCGAGCGUAAGCUGUGCUGAUUGAGACAGGGACCGGCAGACAUUCCCCUUCUCUCAAAAAUCAUUGUGACAGUGCAGAGUCUCCUGCUCGAGCGCGCUGCUUACUCGUCUGCGGAUGCAGAGCGCGGCUUCACCGCCAAGGAUAUUCGUAUCGGCUUCGUCAAUGGCAUGCCAGCAGAUCCCGCUUUGCCCUAUCCCCACCUUCACGCGCACGCCUUCCUCGGUCCCUUCGACCGCAAGCUGCCUGGCAGCACGAUGUGGCGUCGCACUGU